AUGACCAAAGAUCUUACUAAAUUUCAAGAUCAUUUUCACAAGAAAAUCACCCCUUUAACUGACCGCCGUUCCGUUCUACAGAACAGAAUUACACAAGGAAAAAAUGUUUACAAAACUAACAAACAGUUGCUCCAAUUGGAGCGUGAAUUAGGUUUUUUCAAAAUCGACUACUUUUCAGUCAUAGAUGACAAUGGACCCCAUUACCGUUACAAAGGACACACAUCAGAUGAUACAAAACAACUUGAGCUCAGACUACACAAACGUCCUCCUAUCCCAACUACAAAUACAGAUAGGCACAACACUGAGGUCAAUAAAUUGAGACUAGAUAUUCCGUCUCCUGAAGACUCUAAAGUCUUCGCUUCACCUUAA